GGUCCCUGCUGGUGCCUGUCAGAGAGGCUGGCGGCAGUGGCGGCUGUCGGGGCUGGGUUGUCAGCCAGAGAGAGGAGGGAAGAUGGCUCGCCCGGACCGGUGCUGCUAGGAGGAGAGGGGCAGGUGGCGCGGCUGCGGGCGGAACGCAGUCGCCCGGUCGCCGUGGUCGCGGUGGUCGCGAGGCGAGGCCGCGGCCGGUCCCGGAGCUGCUCUGAUUGAAGGUUCGGAACAAAUGUGGAAAGAUGUUCACCUCAGAGCUAGGGGUUGUGGAAGAAUGGCUGUCAGAAUUUAAGACACUCCCAGAAGCAUCUUUGCCAAAUUAUGCCACAAAUUUGAAAGACAAGAGUUCUUUAGUUUCAUCUCUCUAUAAAGUUAUCCAGGAGCCACAAAGUGAGUUACUCGAGCCUGUGUGUCACCAGCUCUUCGAGUUCUACCGCAGUGGGGAGGAGCAGCUGCUGCGCUUCACUCUGCAGUUCCUCCCAGAGCUCAUCUGGUGCUACCUCGCCGUGUCGGCCAGCAGAAGCGUGCACAGCAGCGGCUGCGUCGAGGCCCUUCUUCUAGGGGUCUACAACCUGGAAAUAGUUGACAAACAGGGACAUAGUAAAGUAUUGAGUUUCACAAUUCCAUCCUUAUCCAAACCAUCUGUAUACCAUGAACCGUCCAGCAUCGGAUCUAUGGCUCUGACUGAGAGUGCGCUCUCCCAGCACGGCUUAUCCAAAGUUGUGUACAGUGGACCCCACCCUCAAAGGGAGAUGCUGACAGCACAGAACAGGUUUGAAGUGCUGACAUUCCUUCUGUUGUGUUACAAUGCUGCUUUAACCUAUAUGCCCAGUGUUUCUCUUCAAUCACUAUGUCAGAUUUGUUCAAGAAUCUGUGUCUGUGGGUAUCCCCGGCAGCACGUAAGGAAGUUCAAGGGCCUAAGUAGCAGGAUACCAAUGUCAUCCGGAUUCAUGGUGCAGAUGCUGACCGGAGUCUAUUUCGCCCUAUACAAUGGAGAAUGGGAUCUAGCUCAGAAAGCAUUGGAUGAUGUUAUCUACAGAGCCCAGCUGGAGUUAUACCCAGAGCCACUGCUGGUUGCUAAUGCAAUAAAGGCUUCAUUGCCUCAUGGUGCUAUGAAGUCUAAUAAGGAAGGUACAAGGUGUAUUCAAGUUGAAGUCACACCAACUUCCUCUCGAAUAUCAAGAAACGCAGUCACCAGCAUGUCAAUAAGAGGCCACAGGUGGAAAAGACAUGGAGAUACAGAAUUAACAGGUCAAGAAGAACUGAUGGAGAUAACUGAAGUUGACGAGGGAUUUUAUUCCCGGGCUGCGUCUAGCACCAGCCAGUCGGGUCUAUCAAACAGUAGUCACAACUGUAGUAACAAGACAAGUGUAGGGAAGAACCAGAGACGGUCGGGAGGAAGCAAAGCUGGAGCGAAGGAGAGAGAGACUGCAGGGGAAUCUUGCAGGGAUCACUUUGCUCGCAAACAAACCCAGAGAGCCCAGAGCGAGAACCUUGAGCUUCUCUCUCUGAAGAGACUGACCUUAACCUCCAGCCAGUCCCUGCCCAAGCCCAGCAGCCAAGGCUUGGCCAAGACUGCAGCCACUGUGUUUAGUAAGUCCUUUGAGCAGGUCAGUGGUGCGCCAGGCCCUCACAUCCCCUCUCCUGCUAUUGUUGGCUGUGUGGCUGGGGCAGAUGCUCAUAGGUUUUCUGCUUGUAGUCUCCAAGAAGAAAAGCUUAUUUACGUGUCGGAAAGGACUGAACUUCCGAUGAAGUACCAAGCAGGUCAGCAGGGACCUCCUAGUAUUAGCAUCACUUUGUCCGCAGAUUAACUUGUAAUUUAUUUUUCUCCUGUAAUCAGUGAAGCUGGAAAAGUGGCUUUGCUCCCUUAUGAAAGUAGCCAGUCCUUCAUGCCUGGUCCUGGCAGGGGCCUGGCGUCUUGAAUUCUGAAGGCUCCUUUGACUCUGAAAGGAAUAAUGUCUAGCCUGCAGUAAGCUAAGAUAUGGUCUUAUUCUUUCUUGAGUACACUUCUCCCCUUGGCUUAAGUUCUUUAUUCUUUUAUUCCGCUUUCUUUGUUAUUGUUGCUCUAAGAUUGUCAGUGCGACAAUAAAUUUUUGCCAGUUGUCUGAGUCAGUUACAUUCUCAGUGAGGUUGUUUUUAGUACCUUGUAUUUUGAUGGUUGUGUAUUUGCCCUGGGAAGUCAAAGAGAGUCUCCGUGUGAGAGGACUGGGCUGUAGAGAGUCCAUGACAUCAU